AUGUCAGCCCCCAUCCCUCAUGUAUCAAACUGGAUCAACGGCGCCUACACAACGGCAACCACCCAAGUAAUCACAGUCCUCAACCCCGCGACCGAAACACCCAUCGCGACAAUCGACUCCACACCCCAAGAAACAGUCACCACCAUCGUCGCAGACUCAGUCCAAACCUUCCACAAAGGACCAUGGUCCAAAACCGAGCCCUCAGACCGCUUCACAGUCCUCUCCACCGCCGCCCGACUUCUUCGCACGCGUCUACCCGAAUUCAUCGAGCUCGAAACCCGCCAAACCGGCCGUCCCAUCCGCGAGAUGCAAACCCAAUUAUUUCGCGUCCCUGAAUGGCUCGAAUACUUCGCCUCGCUGGCCCGCGUUCACGAAGGCCGAGUAACACCCUUCAAGGGCCCCGUCGUGAACACCCUCACCCGUCUCCCACUCGGUGUCGUCGCGCAGAUCACGCCGUACAAUCAUCCAUUGCUAAUCGCGACGAAGAAAAUCGCCGCAGCCCUGGCAGCCGGAAACGUUGUGAUUGUAAAACCGAGCGAGCUUGCACCCUUAUCCGUCUUGAAACUGGGUCCCCUCUUUCAAGAGGCAGGGUUACCUGACGGCGUCCUGCAAAUUAUGUCCGGACAUGGGUUCGAGACGGGAAAGUUCCUCUGCGAGUCGCCGCUGUUAGCUAAGAUCGAUCUUACAGGGGGAUUGGGGACAUAUCGGGCCGUCGCGCCCGUUGCAGCACGGAAUAUGGUCCCCGUUACGGCGGAGUUGGGUGGUAAGGCGCCUGUUUGUCUGUUUCCGAGUUUGGAGGUUGAGAGGGCGGUUCAGGCAGCGUUGUUCGCGGGGUUUAUUGCUAGUGGACAGACGUGUGUGACUGGGAGUCGAUUGUUGGUUCAUCGAGACAUUUAUGGGGCGUUUCGAGAGUUAUUGGAGAAGAGGGUUAGGGGGUUGAGGGUAGGAGAUCCGAUGGAUGGACGGACGCAGAUUGGGACGGUUAUCUCGAAGGCGGCGGUGGAGAGAUGUGCUGCUUUUGUGGAUCGUGCGGUGCAGGAGGGUGGGAAUGUGCUUUGUGGUGGGCGUUCGACGACGGGACCAGAUGGGAAGGGGUUCUUCUUUGAACCUACGAUUAUUGAAGUUAGAGCGGAUUCGCAUAUCGCGUGUAAUGAGGUGUUUGGACCGGUUAUUGCGCUGAUUGAGUGUGAAUCUGAGGAGGAGAUUGUUUCUAUUGCGAAUAGUACGCCGUUUGCGCUUGGGGCCUCGGUUUGGACAAAUGACUUUAAUCAGGCGCAUCGCGUUGCGGAGAAGAUUGAUGCGGGCAUUGUGUGGAUUAAUGGUCAUCAUCUGAAUGAUCCGUCGUCGCCGUGGGGUGGGUUCAAGGAGAGUGGAAUUGGGAAAGAAAAUGGCCUGGAGGCGUAUGAGAGUUAUACCAAGGUCAAAAGCACGCUUAUUAACUAUGGGGUUGCCCCUGUGUGGUUUGAUGAUGAGGCUACCAAUGCACGAUAUGGAUAG